AUGCACCGGCCACCAGGCUGGAAUGGAGGGUUUUGGGUUUGGGGAUGGGCUGCUACCUCCCCGUUGCUGAUGGAACAAAAAACCGUCAGCUUUCCGGUGCCGCCGGCGAUGUGCUCAUAUCGGACAAAACAUUGAGACAAGGCACGUGGUUGAAACAAUAAAUAUUGAAACUUAACAGGGGCAUAUCUGUCUCGCUGUUAGGAAUAAUCCUCCGCCAUUCUGCGAGAGAGGAGAGGCCCUGGACUCACAUCACACUUCCAACACAAAACUCUCUCUCUCUCUCUCUCUCUCUUCAAUGCCCUUCUCUCUCUGCUUUCUAUCUUGAUCUUGAUUUUUCUGGUAGCCGGCGAAUCUCAGAUAAUCUCAUCUUUCGUGUAGUUGGAGAAUAUUCAUUUCUUCUUCGUUUCGGCGGUUAGUUGUCAGAUUUCCGGCACUUCUCUUCGGUUUCACAUCGACAUCUGAUCUAGUGCUUGGGCAGCGGCAUCUGUUUAUUUCGUCAUUGAAAGUUUCAAUCAGCAUAGAUUCCAUUUAGGGUUUGCUUUGUCCCGACUUCUGAGCAUUGUAGUUAGGGUUUCAAGAUUUUUGGUUUUGCUUAACUUUUUGUGGGCAUUCCGUCAUGCCGAGGAGUUCUCGACACAAGUCCCACAGGCAACAUCGGCACAGUUCUAAGGAUGUUAGAGAACAUUCGGACUCAGAAGAAGAGAUGGACUCGAAAGAUAGGAAGUGCAGGGAAGAAACUGCUGUUAGGGUUUCCAGGGAUUUAGCCUCUGGGGAGAAACGCAAGCUUGUCUCUCAGUCUCAGGAUGGUAAAGACGUUUUCGGUCCCGGUAAUGGUGAUUUGCCGGAAGAGUUUGCUGGUUCGAAGAAGCGGAAAGAUAAGGCUGACAUCGCAGUCACUGAUCGGUGGAACGGUGGAGAGGAUGAGCAGCGAGAGGAUUUAAUCCAAGAAAAAGAAUUGAAAGGGGAUGUAUAUGGACCUGAUUCGGAGAAGGGCCUAAAAUCGAAGGUUUUGGUUGAUUCGAAGAGUAAAUCUAGCCGAAGGAGCGAAUGUGUUAACGAGAGGAAGGAUGACAAUGUGGGUUUAACUGGGGGAAAUGAGGAGGCGAAGAGGAGCAUGAGUAAGGUCGAGUCAAAGCAUAAGUCAGAAAAGGAUUGGGGUAGAAAAGAGGUUCAGCAGUACAAGGAUGCAAGGGACAAAGACCGAGGAGCAGAAAAGGAUAGAAAGAUUCAAGAUGUUAGGCGUGAGAGAUCAGUUGAUACCGUUCCAGGGAAGCAAGAAGAAGAGCGUUCCGUGAGGCGGGAAAUAGAAAAUUCUGAGUGGCAGAUACAAGAUGAAUUACGCAAUCCUGAAUUGGAGAAAGAACUUGAGAAACGGAUCAAGCAUAGGAGAGACAGCUCUCAUGACAAGAACAAAUAUCAAGAAGAUAGCAGGGAUGGUAAUGAGAAAAGAUUGUCUUCUAGAGAUGAUCGUUCCAAAACCGGGAAAUAUAAAGAUGAAAGGAAUAGAGAUGAAAGGCAUAAAGAUAAAUACCAAGAAGAUACGGAUAGGGAUCACAGAUACUUAGAUAACAAACAAAUGGAUGAACGUUCCUCGAGAGAUCACAUGAGUAGUAGGUCUGAUUCUAAGCAUUUGAGAGAUGAAACUAGAUCUGCAGAAAGCCGCCAUAGAAAAUCUAAACUUCAGGACAUUGAUGAUGAUGGUAGUCCACAUCGUGACAGCCGAGGAACCAGAUAUAAAGAUGAGAAGGGAAGAAAAAGGUCUUCGGAUGAUAAUGAUGAUAAUAGUGAAUUUAAGUCCCGAAGUAAUAAGGAACACCGUUCUGAUUUGGAAAAGAAAUCAUUGAGCAGUAGUAAAGGAGAGUCACCUGCUGAUGGGGGAAGGUCCCAAUCACGACAUACAGAUGUAGACUCUACUGUAAGCAAUAAUAGGAUGAGGUCCCCCAGCUCUUCUCAUGUUUCCAAAGAUCAGGACAGGCAUAGCUCCAAGCACAGAAACUCGAGGUUUAGAGACUAUACAUCUGAAGAAAGGUUUCGGUCUAAUGCAACUUCCACAAUAGAUGUCAUUGGUGUUUCUGGUGCCAUGGUACAGGCUUCAGAGUUUCAAUGCUUGGAGAAGACCACCCAAAAAGAGGUCAACCAUUUGGGUGAGAUGUCAGCUGAAAGAUCACCAAGGUCAAAUGUCCAUGCCACCUCACCGAUAGAGUUGGUGGAAAAGUCCCCUUCAUCAACAAGUAUUGAACAAAGAUAUUCUAACAGAACCAGUGUGAGGCGGAGCCUUGAUGUUGGAGAAACUGGGUGGCGGAGCACUAGUUCCAGGGAUGCUGGGGAUUAUUCAACAAAUGAAGAUAGAGGAAGCCGAGAGUUUCCCUUGGAGAAGCCAAUGGUAGAUGAUUUUUCUCAAGCCGAUGGUGACAAUGUAUCUGUUUCAUCAUCUUUCAAUAGAACUGGUAACUUACCUAGCAGCUCUUCAUCUCUUCCUCCACCACCUCCUUUGAGAAGUGGGGUUGACAGUCCUUCACUUUUCGGGUCUUCAGAUGAAGAUGGUAGGGGUAAGUCUGUUAGCCGUUUCAGGAGGAGUAAUGAUCCCAAUACAGGGAGAGGGCAGGGUAAUUCUUGGAAAGGUAACCCAAACUGGCCUUCCCCUGUAACUAAUGGCUUCAUUCCUUAUCAACAUGGGCCACCACCUGGAGGCUUUCAUGCAAUGAUGCAGCAGUUUCCUGCUCCACCUAUUUUUGGUGUUAGGCCAUCAAUGGAAUUGAAUCAUGGAAGUGUUCAUUACCAUAUCCCUGAUGCUGACAGAUUUUCUGGCCCUGGCCAUCCAUUUGCGUGGCGUAAUCCAGCAGAUGAGUCUUGCCCCCCUCAUUUGCAUGGAUGGGAUGGAAAUAAUGGUGUUUUUGGGGAUGAUUCUCAUAUUUAUGGGAGACCAGAAUGGGAUCAGAACAGACAUGUGAUGAGUGGUCGGGGACGGGAUACAGGUGCUGACAUGUGGAAGGGACAAAAUGGUAGUAUGAACAUGGAGUUGCCCACAGCAUCCCAGGAGGAUUAUCCAGUAGGAGCCCAAGUAGAUGAAGUCUGGGCUGGACAAUCAGCCCAGCGAUCUCGGAAUGAACGGAAUAAGCCUGGUCCUGGGGCAGAAAACAUUGAGAUAAAGCAAUCCAGUGUCACUCGUCAAGGAAAGGAUAUUUCUGAAGCUCCUCCAAAAACUAUCCAUAAAAAGCUCAUCGACUCGUGUAAAACCUCAAGUGAUGAUGGUGAUCAUUUCUGCCAUAUUUACCUCUCUAAGCUGGAUGUCUCGGUGGAACUUGCAUGUCCAGAAUUGUACGGCCAGUGCAUGGGUGUAUUGACAGCUCAAGGAAAUAAAACUGAUGAUGAUAACAAUGUUACCAAUCAUGUCUGGAAUCCAAAGGGGAUUGCAGAAGAUGGUGCAGAUAUUUGUUAUACCACUUCGAGUGAUUCAUUUUUCCCUGCAAUUAACAGUUCUGUUUUUGAGCGAGCCAUGGUCCUCUACUGGAGGCAAAGUGAAGAGGCAAAGGCCAAACCUCAUGUCUCAUCACAUAUUGACUUGGAACCAAAGAAGAUGCUAGCUUCAAAUGGAGAGAAAGUGGAGCCGGUUCCAACUUCCAAUUGGGACACAAAGCAAGAGAAAGCAGAUGAAGCAGUUCCAACUUCUGAUCCGGAGAAUAUGGAACCAUUUCCAAAUCCUGGAGACAAGAAGUUUGAAUUAGAGCAGCCGGUUUCAACUUCUCCUGUAGAUGAGGCAGUGGAGACAGUUCCUACUCCUUGGGGGAUGAGGCCAGGAGAACCAGUAUCAGUUGCAGGCAAUGCUGAAUCAGAGGAGGCAGUUCCACCCCCCAGUCAGAAGAAAAUAGAGGUCAUGGCUAGUCCUAAUCAAGAAAAAUUGGAAGUCGUUGGGAAUCACUGUUCUUCCCUUGAGAAUGCCUCUGAGACUUCCAGCAAUUCAACCAGUAGCCAUGGUCAAACAGCCAGCAAUGACAAUCGCAAAAACGGUCCUGCUAGUAGUGCUACAGAAAAGCAGGCGUUUGGUGAUAUUAUGUGUGGUCCUAUAGUUUUUUCUGAUGAUUCUGAUGCGGCUUUGAUGCCUGAGUCAAUUGAGUCUGGGUUGGUAAAUUUAAGUCGGAUACAUCAUUUUCCUGAAAGUACACAUUGAGACAUUUUAUUUGGUCUGCUUUUAAAAUGCCUUCAUUGAAAUCAUGAUCUUUAUCAUUUCA